AUGAUGAUCCUCCUGGAAGAUGCUUCACAGCAAACCGUUGAUAAAGUGAAAGUCAUUUUGAGGAGAAUGGGGAGAGGGGACAUCUUGAGGAAGGCUCAAGAAACUUUGGAAAGGAACACACUGGAGGCAAUUAUUACAUUGCGGAACGACUUCAAUAUAAAGGACAACACCUUUCAGUCAGCUGUAGAGAGAUCUAAUGGGGUCCCGCUUCACCGGAUUGAACGGGAAAAAGUCCGCAACUCUGAUUUUCAAGGAAAAUCCCUCCAUUAA